AGGAGAAAUACGUUGGCCAUGAAGUGGGAGGUUUAUAUCCAUGUCGCACUGGCGUUGCGUCCUGACAGGAAGCUGCUGCUGCUGUUCAGUCAUGACGCGGCAUCACAUGAUGCCAAAGCAUCGUGAGUCUGGUCGUUGUUAUCAGGUAACUACUUUCCUUCAGCACCGGGAGCUGUCCAGCACUGACGGGUGCUGAUCCAGGAGCGCGCGCGCGCGCCCCCCCUCCUCCUCCCCGCGCGCCUCCCGUCUCCUCUCCUCCACACGCACAAAGCGCUCUGUCAUGGCGUCUUCCAACCAUGUCACCCCCACCAACUGUAGCUGGUGGCCCAUCUCCGCGAUGGACGAGGACGGCAGCCGAGUGACAGACGGGGAGGCGGAGUGCGAGGAGGCGACGACGGAAGCCAAAGCCCUCAACAAGGACCGGCUGGUGUUGUACCACUGGACGCAGUCGUUCACCUCCCAGAAGGUGCGGCUGGUCAUCAACGAGAAGGGCCUGGUGUGCGAGGAGCGGGACGUGAGCCUGCCGCUGCAGGAGCACAAGGAGCCGUGGUUCAUGAGGCUGAACCUGGGAGAGGAGGUGCCCGUCUUGCUCCACGGAGAGACCAUCAUCAGUGACUACAACCAGAUCAUCGACUACCUGGAGAAAAACUUCACUGGAGAGACCGUGGCACAGCUGAUCCCUGAUGCAGACUCACCGGUCCACGAGCGGGUGCAGCAGUAUCGGCAGGUGCUGGACACUCUGCCCAUGGACGCCUACACGCACGGCUGCAUUCUGCAUCCGGAGCUCACAACCGAUUCCAUGAUUCCAAAGUACGCCACCGCUGAAAUACGGAGACAUCUAGCUAACGCUGCAACAGAGCUGAUGAAGCUGGACCAUGAAGAACCACAGCUGACAGAACCCUACCUGUCCAAGCAGAAGAAGCUCAUGGCAAAAAUCCUGGAUCAUGAUAACGUGAACUACCUAAAGAAGAUCCUGGGAGAGUUGGCGAUGGUUUUAGAUCAAGUUGAAGCUGAGCUGGAGAAACGGAAAAUAGAAUAUCAAGGUCAGAGGUGUGACUUGUGGCUAUGUGGACCUGAAUUUACUCUAGCUGAUAUCUGCCUCGGAGCCUUGUUGCACCGGCUCAAGUUCUUGGGACUUUCUAAGAAAUACUGGGAGGACGGCAGCCGACCCAACCUUCAGUCCUUCUUUGUGCGCGUGCAGAAACGCUACGCCUUCCGCAAGGUCCUGGGCGACAUCCACACGACCCUGCUGUCGGCCGUCCUACCCAACGCCUUCCGCAUGGUCAAGAAGAAGCCGCCCUCCUUCUUCGGCGCCUCCUUUCUCAUGGGCUCCCUGGGCGGGAUGGGCUACUUUGCCUACUGGUAUUUAAAAAAGAAAUACAUGUAGUGAACGCCCUCAUGUUGUGUUUCUGUCUGUGUAUCUGUGUGAUGUUUCAACUUUUUUCUGUGACCUUUUACGACUGCAGGAAAACCUAUAUAGAGAACACCAUUACCGACCUGAGGAAAAGAUCCCCGACAGCACAUGUUCUGGUCAUCCAACGUUCAUUUCUGGCAGCAGGUUGAGACGUCUAUAUGUCGCUCUGCCGCUCACACCUCCAGGUGCGAGGGUUUGGGCGGCCGGAAGCUGCCACUUGGGGAGUGAGGAGGAGCCGUUCAGGACACUCACUUAUUCACCUUCUGGUUACCGACGGGGAUGAGCGUGUAUGAGGAAAAGCUAUUUUCAGAUGUGGUGGAUCGCCCAUGACUUAUUGAUGCCCCAGAUGAUAUUCAGACUGAAGAACUGCUGCUGACUCAGCCUCAGUUCCAAAUCAGGACCAAGCAUCUUCAUGUUUGCAAACACCCUCCAACGUUGCCGUCCAUCUCCGUCACAGCUGGAAGGUGACUAAGAAACGUUCUGUCUCGACUCCGCCCACACAGCAACACACACACACACACAAGCGUUGGGUUUAUUGGAGCACCAGAGAUGACACAGCACACACCGGUCCAUUGCCGCUGGCUUGGUGCCGUGCAGGAGGUCAGAGCUCUCAAGUGGUUAGAGGCCGUACAGUCAUCGAGUCCCACGUGCGCUCCGUCCGAUGCCAUGUGUGUCGGAGCGGCAAACCAAAGAGGACGAUUCUUCAAUUUUCAAGUCAGAUUCAGGAGGCAUCCCAGCUGUGUCCCGAACACAUGCUCCCAUCCCUGGGACACAAGCCAAUCUGUCCAACACUACCAUUUUUCACCUCUUCUUCUUCAUUUAACUUACUUUUAGCUGGCUAAUAUUUUCCGAAAAAAAUGUUUUGUGGUCAUUCUUGAUCUAUUUCGACGUUAUUUUAAGCAUCUUUGUGAGGCGAUUGUGGUGGAUCACAUCCAAAUCUGAGCCAUGAAAAACGCACAAUACGAUCGAGUCAAGCACCGUCUCCGUGCUGAAGGCCAUGGCUCUGCAUUUCAUGCCGAUAAUACAACAAUAACUCUCAUUUCUGAAGGCUUGCAGACCCACUCCCAUAGCGGUGGGAGCAGGCGCGACAUAAAUGAAGAGGCAGCAGGAGGGUGGGUCACAUGACACGCUGGGCUGCUUCUGAACCUCCUGCAUCACACCAAGAGAGGUUGUUGUGACCGUGGCCGUCACUCACUAUAGUAUUUUUUUAAUCCUUUCCUUUGGAUUCUUUUAUAUUUCUAUAUACCUAUCUAUAUGUAUAUAUAUAUAUGCAUUUAUUUAUGGUGCUUUUUAUGAUGUCUGUUCAUAAGCCUUAAUUUAUUCAGUUGCCAUCAAUGAGUAAUAAAUGAAGAAAAUGGAACAUUGACACGGGUUGGUCCUGGUUUUGUUUACCUCCUGGAUCACAUGACAUGCCGUUUGACUGUUGUUUAUAACAUGCAUGAACUGGAUCCGAACCGUCGGGGCCCACAGAUUUGAACUGAAGUCACUUAGUAACUACUUCUUGACGUUGUCGGCUCAAUAAAAAAGGCAGAGUGUUUUUAAAA